AAUCACUCUCUCUGUUUUCAAUCCAUCACCAUUCAAUUCCUUUCAAAUGUUGAAUGAACUUAUCAUACACUGGUACGAUUUCGUCUGCUUCGGCAUCGUCGGAGUUUCUUUCAUCGGAGCACUUUACGUCAUCUGGAACAGAGAAGGAGUUGGCAGAAUCGAAGAUCAAACAUCUUACGAGAGUUUACUACCUGUAAACGGUCCAGAUGGAUACAUAUCAGCGGCUGGUCUGAUGCCCAGAGGUCACAUAAGUUCCAAUCAGCUAUGGGGAAGCUGCUGGCGUGGUCUUCAUCCUGCUGGAUUGUUGCUGAUUCGAUUCGCCUCCUUCUUAAUCAUGUCCGGAAUCCUCACUUGCGAUAUCCUGACUUAUGACGCCUCUGUUUUCAUUUAUUACACCGAAUGGACAUUUGCUUUGGUGAUUGUGUAUUUUGCUAUUGCAACAAUCGUAUCUGCACAUGGCUGUAUGAUCUACUACUCGAAGAAGAACUCUACAGAAAACGGACAUACAAUAGAAGAGAGUAAUAUAAAUGCAGGUGCAUUAACGUUUAGAGCUAAAGAAUUAAGAGCUACUAUCAAGUUACAGAGCCAUUAUAAUGAAGAGGCAAACCAAUACCGAGCUGGUUUUGGGGGUUACCUUAUGCAAAUUGCUUAUCAGAUUUGUGGGGGAGCUGUUAUCAUGACAGAUAUUGUGUUCUGGAUGGUCAUUGUCCCUUUUCUCAAAAUAUCACAUUUGCAGCCGAACCUGUUGAUGGGACUUAUGCAUUCUGUCAAUGCGGUUUUCUUGCUUAUAGAGACGUGUGUAAAUAGUCUUCCAUUUCCUUGGUUUCGGCUUUCAUAUUUUGUGCUAUGGAGUUGUAUUUACGUAAUCUUUCAGUGGGUAGUUCAUGCAUGCGGUUUAACAGUGUGGCCAUAUCCUUUUCUUGAGCUUUCUACUCCUUGGGCACCAUUAUGGUACUUAUGUUUGGCGGUGGUACAUAUCCCAUGCUUUGGCCUGUUUUGGUUGUUAGAGAAAGGCAAGAACUCGUUUUGUGGUAAAUUGUUUCCAAAUGCGUUCGUGAGGUCAUUCUAAUUUGAUUAAAUUAAACUUGUGUGUUCUAUGUUUAUUAUUAUUUAACCAGUUUGAUGGUUUUCUUUAAAAGAGAAAAAUUAGAAGGCGCAUCGUUUUGUCUGCUUCAGCCUUCAUGUAAAUUUGAAAGCAUGUUUUAUAUUGUCACUUUUUUUCUGCAAUCAAAAGUAUUUUAUCUUGUAUUUGCA